AUAAAAAGUAGUCUUUUCUAAAAAAGAUAAAGUAUUUUGAUCCGGGUUGGUAAAAGCUACAAGGAUUAUUUAAGAACAUGUCGACCCCCGUAGAUGUCCAAGAACUCAUAAUAUCAGAGCUGCCACCAGAUAGGAGAGAUGCCGAUAAUUCUGGUGUUCCACCACCCAGGGUUACUGACUUACCCCCUCCGUAUACCCCCACAGCCCAGGGUGUUACAUCAAUGAUAAACUGUAAAGUAUGCCAGGCUUUGAUCAACAUUGAAGGAAGACAACACCAAUCUGUUGUAAAAUGUGGUAUCUGUAAGGAAACAACGCCUAUUAAAGCUGCACCACCAGGAAAACGAUUUGCCAGAUGUCAGUGUAAUUGUUUACUACUGUGUAAAGCCGGGGCUGUAAGGAUUGCUUGCCCAAGAUCAAACUGUGGUCGUAUUGUUAAUCUUAAUCUAUGUGGUGUCGCGCCAAGUGUAACAGUUAGACCACCAAGUUCAGUAAGAGCAACGUGUGUGUAUUGUGCUCAAAAUUUCAUCUUUGAUGUUGCUAAGAAAUCACUAGCAAGAUGCCCACAUUGUCGAAAGUUGACUGCUGUUGGAAAAAACUAUGCGAGAAUUAAAGCUCAUGUUUAUUUAAUAAUCGCUCUUGUUUUUAUUGCUGCUGGUAUCGGAGUAACUGUGGGUACGUAUGAAGCGGCAAGUAAAGCUGGUGGAAUAUAUAUUGUGUGGAUUGGAGCUUUUAUAACAGCUGUAUCACUGCUGAUUAGAGCCAUUUAUUUCUACACGAUACGUACUAGUACCAUAAUAAGCGAAACCUAGAUGAUGAGUGGGCAGCUAUCGCCGAUUUACUAUUACAAUGUAAUUUUACAAUGUAAAUCAAAUAUAUUUCGUUUUUUGUUUUAUUUUUUGUUUCAUUUUCCGUUUUUGUUCGAAACUAUUUUCCAACUAAAUAUUAGUGUGAUAAAUGUAUUAAUAACCAUCUGUUUAUAACGUUAAUGUGAAAAUAUGCAUUGAUUUAUAUACGCCCACAUGUUAAUUGUAAUCGCCCUGUCCGGCGAGGAUCCUUUUAAUGCUUGCAACUUAUUGUAAUGUUUGUAAUGCUUGUCAGCUUAGUAUAGGCCAGAGUUUUAGCAGACUUUUCUGAAACUUUCAGGGAAUUUGUAUUUUGACCAGACGGGAAUCCCUAUUUCUUUUUGUAAAAAUCGGAUUAUUCAAAACCCGUGUUUGAUGUAAAGCAUAGAGCUAAUGAGAGGUCGAACCAAUCAUUAUUCAAUGUUCUGCGCUUUUCUUUCCAAGAGAUAUGCCUCUUUUGACGAAAACUUUGUAAACGUGUUAGAGCCUACAGUUUUUAACAUCCUUUUUUUGGUGUGAAGCAUUGAGCCCUUUUCCGGAAAGCAUUUUGGCGUGUUCCACACUUUGUUUGGCUAUCGUUAACAACUAGCUAAACCUCUUUGAAUUAGGUUAAAUAAGGAAUUUAAUUAGAUUUGUUUACUAAUUGUAGACCCACUUUUGUCUGUUAUUGUCGACAGUGAAACACACAACCGGUUAUAUAUCAUUAAUGGCUUUAUCUGUUUUGGACGUAAAUGUUUUUUCAACGAAAGCAGAUUGUCAAAGCAACAAAACAAAGCAACAUACAAAAUCCAUUGAAAUCGACAAUAUUAUUUUGAACGCAACUGAAAGAGAUCAAACAAUUAUCUUGCUAAAAAUUUAAUAUAAAUGAAACCUUUAAGCUGCUUUCGAAACCAUUAUUGUAUUAUAAUGCUUGUUAUACGUUUAGUUUUUUUUCUUACCCAAAUAUAUAUAUACUUGGAA